UCUAUUACAGAAUCAGGUUUAUCAACAGUUAGUACCAUUAUCACUCGCAUCGCUUCUUCAUCAUUUUGUGUCUGGUCAAAUGAUAACACUAUCUCAUCUACUGUUGAACCUUGUUCUAAUAAUGCAA